AUGUCUGCCGGCGUUUUCACUCUUCUUCUGUCACUAAUAACAGCCGUGAGUUGUGAUAUAUAUUUACACAAUCCAAGGGGAAGUAACAAUAGACUCGAUGAAGAAACACGGAACAGAGCAAACAAUAACAGAAUGUUUGACUCCCAGAACAAUAAUCGGGGUGGUUACAAUGUAGGUUCUCUGUAUUAUUAUUCUGGGUCCAUUCUCCAGAUUGAAUGGACAAACCAGCAUUCCUGUGACAGUCCUAACUGCCACUGUGAGUUGGUGAUUCAAUACAUGUGUCACAACCUCGUCAGGGAUGGUGCCACCACAAAGACCAUUCCGGAGGCUAACAAUCAAAAUGAAUGUGAAAACUUCGACUGUAACACAGAUAAGGAGUACGGCAUGAACGAGGAUAUUCAUCACUAUAGCAACUGUCGUAUGAGGCAGCGCAACAAAGGACUCUUCACUGCUGACCAGAAUUUGAAUCAGCGUAAUAGACAGUAUGCUGUGAACACACGUCAGAAUCCAAAUGGCAAUCGCCGUGGCUACGAGUGUCCUGAGGAACGGGACUAUUACCCGUACUGGCACCCAUCACCGUGGAAGGACAUAGUUGUGAUGACCAAUGACGUCAGCCGAUGCGCUUACUACCAAAGGGAAAGUGAAAACACCAAGUCACGUUGGGGUUGCUAUCUCCCUCGGGAUAUGAUUCUCGAAAAUUACAAAGGUUUCACCAUUCCCAAUAACAAACAGGAUUGUGAGGAGUUCACUUACCCUAAUAAUGACCCUGAUGGAGGUGUGAGAGGAAUUUGGAGAGAAUUUCCGUCUCAUGGGUUAUCUCCCCCUGAUUGUCGUGAGACAGAAUUCACUCGUGACAACCAUCUUGGUAACGGCCUCGGUGGUCAUCCCAAUGUCUACAACUGGACCAUUCCAGACAUCAGCCAUGAAAACUGUGUCGUAAGAAUGAGAUACAACAUAUCCACUAAUGAUUAUGACCCCUGGAACACAACCUCAGCAAAUAACUCGCCCAAUCUGGCCCCUACAUAUGGCUUCCCCAGUCAAACAGCAGCAGAACAGAGAGGCUAUGUGUUCGAGGAAUAUCCCGAUGUGAAGUUGUUUGAUGAUGCAGAAUUCACUCUGGAGUUAGCCAUCAACACUGCACAGUAUGGGCGGACCUUUCAGGACAGAUCCCAUUCCUUUGCUAUACGGAAGAAGCCAGCAGGAUACGAGAAUACCCAGAUACACAACCUUAAUGUGAGAGGAAAGAGAGGGAACAUUGUACAGGUGUACCCUUCUGUGGAGUAUGACUUUGUACCCAAUGACCUGCAGCUUUCUGUAGGGGAGGCUGUACAUAUACAGUGGACAGGGUCCAACACAAACAAUGCCAACAAUGAAGGAAAUGGCCUGGCACGCACAGACAGGAACAACAUUCUUCAGCUGAGACCCAGAAAUUUCCCAGAAGGCAGUGGGGUACAGUUUGGCCCAGGAAGUGUGUUUGGUCACUAUGGCAACAAUUACCCUGACCAUCUGUCAAACUCUAGUUUCCUUGGAAUGUCCAGAACUGAUUUAGGUCAUCUUGCCAUGAAUUCUCCAGGUCAAUUUGGAGGAGAGUUGUCCCAACUUGAUGAUGCAGGACCAUACUUUGAUUUGGGCCUGAGGAAAGUCAGUCAGACAGGGACUUACCAUUACAUGUGUACCAGAAAUAAUGACUUCUCCAACCGUGACCAGAAGGGAAGGGUCACAGUUUUCCCCUUUCCGCAGCGCUUCACUUCCAUUGGCUGGACGGGAGGACAGGUUGCUCUCCCUACAGGAAAAGCUUCAGUAAACAUUGAGCAAGGAGCUUUUACAGGGCUACAGAAAUUGACACUGGCAGAAUGGACAAGGACGCAAGGGGACAAUAAACUGAGUGGCAUUGGUCGUUCUAUGCAGUAUGGUGAUGAAUAUGCAAGCGACUUUUUGCUACUGUCCCCAGAAUCUCAGCUAACUGACGAUGCACAGAAAAUCACAAUCACCAUGAUGAUUGAUGAGGAUGCCUAUAACCCUGAGGCUUAUCGAUCAUCUCAGGACUCUCUCGGCACAUGGGUCAAGGUGGAUGCAAAUGUCGAUGGUGCAAGGUUGACAAUGCAAUCUAACAGAGGGGGCGUGUUUGUUGUUCGUUCCCAUAGUAACUAUGGACCAAUCAUAGGUAUUGUUGUAGCUUGUGUAGCACUUGUCAUCAUUGUAGUGGGCGUUAUCAUUUACUUCAAACGACACCCAGAGCGAUGGAUAGCACUCAAGAAGUCGUCAAAAUAUCUCGAACGCUCGAUGCAAGAAAAAGUCUAA